GAUCUUGACGACCGUGGAAUAUUUAACCUCAGCUAUCUGCAUCUGACCAAACCCUGAUGUUACAUUCGGCUAAAGCUUCUGGAGGGGAAAGGUGACACCGACAAAUAAUAUCAUCAUUUCAAGUCAGACUUCCUUGAGAUAUUCAACGCGAUUACCAACCACUCAGCAUCAUGGCCAACUUUGACUGCGUGGAUCGCUGCAUCAGCCGCAUCUUCUACAAACUUGGACGCCAAGUGUACAAACAUAAGCUCAUCUUUUUACUCAUCCCACUUGCGAUGGUGACAUUCCUGAUGACCGGAUUUACACACUUUAUCAUUGAUGACAACGUGGAGUAUCUCUUCACACCGGAGAACAGCCAAAGCCGUGACGAUCGAGCGACAACGAAGGAGCUUUUCAUGACGGGAGAUGAAGGAGUAGAGUUUCUGCCGAACCGGGAGCUUGAUCUCUUCAUCCGACGAGGAAGAUUAAUCAUCACACCAGCAGAGGGAGACAACAUCAUGAAGAAGGAGAUGUUCGAGGAGAUCGUGAAGCUGGAUGAGAAGAUCCGAACCAUCUCUCUCCACGACAAUGGAACCCUGGACAACUACGACACUCUGUGCAUGAAGUGGCUUGGACACUGCCUGGACAACAACAUCAUGACCAUCUACCGUGACAAUGUGGCCAUGUUUGACCACAUCAACUUGACCUACCCGUACUUCAACACUCCGCAGUACCCGCUCUUCAUCGGCCCCAACCUUGGGGGUGUGGUGGUUGAUGAGGAUACUGACAUGGUCAAGAGUGCCAAGAAUGUCUUGCUGAUCUACACUCUCUCAACAGGCAGCAAUGAGCAGGAUCUUCUUGCUGAGGAUUGGGAGAAGGUCUUUGACAAACUCAUCGAGAAAUCUUCCACAGAGAUGAAGCAUAUCAAGCUGGCAAGAAGCACGUCAUGCUCACUCUCCCAUGAGAUCACCGAGGCAAGCAUCCACAUCAUUCCCCGCUUUGCCGUCACCUUUGUGUUGAUGAUCAUGUUUGCUGUUCUCUCCUGCAUCAUGAGGGAUUGGGUUCUGAGUAAACCAUGGUUAGGGUUCCUUGGGGUCCUGUCAGCAGUUUUUGCAGUCAUCUCUGCUGUUGGACUUCUCAGCUACUGCCAACUCAAGUUUAAUGAGAUUGUCUCUCUCAUGCCGUUCCUUGUCCUUGGUGUUGGUGUUGACAACAUGUUCAUCAUGAUCGCCGGCUGGCGUCAGCUAAGCAUCUACGUCCCAACCGAGGAGCGCAUGGCUCGUACCUUUUCCGAGGCUGCUGUCUCCAUCACCAUCACCAACCUCACCGACAUGUUGGCCUUCAUCAUCGGUGCCACCACCUCCUUGCCUGGUGUCCGGACCUUCUGUAUCUAUGCCGGUGUUGCCAUGCUCUUCGUCUACUUCUACCAGCUAUCAUUCUUUGGUGCCUGCAUGGCCUACAUUGGUGAGAGGGAGGCCAACAAUAUGCACUGCUAUACUUGCAAGAAGGUUUUGCCUAAGGAAGAGGCACCCAACAAGUUCUACCAGAUUUUCUGCGCAGGAGGGAUCUCCAAGACGACACGGACCAAGGUUGCAGACAUGGAGCACCGCAUCAUGAAGUUCUUUGGGGAACAGUUCGGACCCUUCAUCAUGAAGAGCCCUCUCAAGGUCCUGAUUGUCCUUUCUUACUUGGCGUAUAUUGCCGGUGCCAUCUACGGACUCUUCCACAUCACCCAAGGCCUCCAGCUGAACAGCCUUGCCAGAGAUGGCUCUCCUGCUUUCAUCUACUACAGCUACGAAGAUGAGUACUUCAAGAGGUACGGUCCCGUCAUCGGUGUCAUCAUGCAGGAUGAGUUGGAAUACUGGAACCCUCAGACGCAGCAAAAGAUCGAGGACCUGACCCAACAGUUUGAGGACAGCGAGUAUAUCUACGGGAAGCAGUUCACAGAAUCAUGGCUUCGCAUGUACUUGAUGUUUCUCCAACAAUCCAUUGGCACCACAGAGGUUGACAAGACCACAUUCGUCACCCUCCUGCAGAAUCAGUUCUUGACGCAACCAAUGUUUAAGCAGUACUCAUUGGAUAUCAAUUUUAAGAAGGAUGCGAAUGGAAUGGCCACCGACAUUGAAGUCUCUCGGUUCCUUGUCAUGUCAAAGGAUAUGGUGAAUACAACUCGAGAGGGCGACAUGAUGAUUGAAGUCAGAGACAUUGCCAAAGCAAGCAACUUUAAUCUCACAAUAUUCAAUCCAGCAUUUAUCGUUUAUGAUCAAUAUAUCGGGGUAUUGCCAAACACCCUUCAAACUCUAGGUAUCGCUCUAGCGUGCAUGUUUUUUGUCGCCUUGAUAAUGAUACCUCAUCCUGUCUGUGCAUUAUGGGUAACAUUCUGUGUUAUCUCCAUAGAUACAGGGGUCAUAGGUUACAUGUCACUUUGGGAUGUUCCACUGGACCCCAUCUCUAUGCUAAACAUUAUCCUCUGCAUCGGUUUCAGUGUAGACUUCUCGGCGCAUAUCACAUACGCCUUUGUCAUCGCGCCAAAGGACAAACCAAACGAUCGCGCCAUAUCAGCAUUGCGGGCACUCGGAAUGCCCAUCCUUCAAGGAGCUUUGUCGUCAAUCCUCGCAAUAUCCGUCCUGUCGACUGCACCUGUUUAUGUCUUUCGCAUAUUCUUCAAGACGCUAUUCCUUGUCAUGAUUUUCGGAGCGUACCAUGGACUCAUGCUCCUUCCCGUAAUCUUAUCCUACAUGGGGCAUUGUAUGCCUCAUAAAAAGGAGGAGGACAACAAGGUGAAGUACUUCGAAAAGUCGCCACUCCCAACAAGCGAAAAAGACAUUCAGGACUUCAAAUCACUCAAAGCGUAUAGACACAAACAUGGUAAAAUCGCAACGAUUGAUCAAUGUUUUGUUCCCCUUUCUUUGCUUGAUAUUCCUGUAACAACUAUCCCCUCAGAUAAUUGAGUGUCUAACAAUUUUUUUAAGCCCAAGAUCAUGUAUUUUUCGUGUCUGUGAAGUCAGUGUUUCUAUUCUUUAUAUUCAUGCAUGGUUUUAUGUUACGGCUGUGUGGAUUUUUUUUUUUAGUCAGAGACUUGAUAUUCCUUUCCUCAACUACAUUGUGAUUAAAAAGGCAGGUGGUACAUAGUUUACAGCCACAGACCCCGGGCAAAAAAAACUGUUUCUUUGAAACAUAGUAAAGCUCACUGAAUAGUAGACAAGUCUAGGGAUUCUAUCAACCUUCAAAGAAUAUCUAGAAUGAUUUUAGAUGAAUUGGGAUUCAAAGUCAAUUCUACCCUUAGACUUAUCUCAAGUCCCAUGUGAAUUAUGAAAGGGUCUGUGCCGAUAGACUAGUUGAUUUACAUCAUGACGCGUCAUGAUGUGAUGAUGUCCACCGAAAUUCAUCCCACUGCUGCCACCAUGAUUCUUUUAAAAAAAAUCAAUUUCACGUUAUGAAAAAUUAACACUUUUAACUCGAUACCGUCUUACUGAAAGUCACCAAGAAGUUUCGUACCAUUCAAUAACUGAAUAUCUUGACAAUCAAGUACAUUUUAUAUGACUAUUCUGAUAACAUAGGCCUACCUAUAGGUGUGGCGGUUGACAAAGUAGGUACACACGUCUACAUUAAGUCACUUUAUGGAUUACAAUAUCAGACUAUUUUCAAAUGAAAGAGUGAUUGUAUAUUAUAUUCACAGUUUAAGGUAGCAUGCAACAAAAUUUCACCAGAAUUAUGAUUGCUUCGUUUUCUUUGUUUUUCUUCUUGAAUUAUACAACUGAGUUGAUCAUGGUUUGAAAUUUAUUCAACUCAUUGUAAAAUGUUUUUGUUUUCACUCCUGUCUUUGCAUCUUUUAUUUUAUUGCAAACGUACACCUAUGGAUUAUCUCUCGUGAAAAACGGUUAUUUUAGGAUUGCAUUACUUAUGUUACAGUUACACAAACAAAGCUGACCCUAGACUGGUCAAAGGUUAUUGUGCUAUUCCAGAAUGGCAUACUGUAGCUAUAGAGUUGGUUUGGUGGUGUGACCACGUCUAUUGGUUUGUGCGGAGCCAAAGGGAUUGUUAUGCAACUCCUGCCCCCCCCCCUUUUUUUUUUGUUUAGCUCUUAACAGAUUUGAAUGCAUGAAUAUUUGUUUUUCAUCAAAGUUUGAUUUAAUAUCAUUUUAGAUAACCCUUGCAUCUAAUUUCGCACGACUACAGACUGGGUCAAUGUGAUAUCAAGCACACAGCUGUCGGUCGAGCGAGUUGGGUUUCGCCGUCGUAAUUGUCACAUUUAUCGCGUGAUAUGUAUGGCUCUUCAUUGUGAUUUAUUUUUCAUUUAUAAAAUGACACCUUGCUAAUAUAAGUCGCAGCUUUAUGUGCAUUGUUUUCAGCUUGUGAAAAUUAAUUGUCUCGCCUUUGUUUUUCUUUCGGUUUAUAUUGUUUGCUGGCAAAUGAACAUUGUUUGUGAACGUACUUUAUAGUGCUGUUUCAGUGACGACCAAUGCAACUUAUUGCAAACCAAUGUGACAUUAUUUCUAUACGUUAUAAAUAUAUUUAUAUGAGAAAUAUAUGUUUCUGAAUACAUACAGCUGUUGGUCAGUUGAAAACAUUGCAAAUCCUGAAUAUAGUAGUCUAGAUUUUAUACAAAGAUAUAUAUAUUUUACUGGACAGGUAGUUAUAUUGUGCAAAGUAAUGGUAACAAAGUUACAGAUAAUUGUUUUCUAUGAUUCUCAGAAUACUAUUAUUUAUCUCUUGUAAAAGCAGUUCAGUAUUUAUUGAAUAUACAGUAAUAUCCACAUUUUCUCAGCUCUGAAACGUAAUCGUGUAAACUGUUUAUCGAGAAAUUGGGAUUCGAGUAGUUGAAUUUGGAAGUUGCAAUGCUUGAUUGGUAAACUUAGUGUAGUGAGUUCAGUUGUACCCAAUGCAUAAUAUCCAACCAAUCUCUCUUUUUCGGCAAGAAACGCCCCUUGUGUUGGAAACUCUUCGGUUGAUAAAGACGGGAGAGUUUCAUUAAUAAUUUGUCAGUUAUUUUCACUCCCGGAUGUUAUAAGAUACUGCAAAAGAUUGCAUCUGAUUAGCCGAGAGCAGACCAGUCGGCAAAAAGUAGUUGUGAAACGCUCCUCGGAUGCAAAAUAUACCGCGAAGUGUGUGAAUACGCAUUUCAAUAUUUCAUUUAAAAAAUAUAGUAUAUUUCAUAUUUUUAACGGGAAAAUCUAAUUGAGAUGUCAUAAGAUUGCACUUGAGCAUUAUCAUUCCUUAAAACUUCAACUCCUGUCGAACAAAGCUUUCAGAAAAUGUAUUUCUUGCGAGGGGAUUUUAUUUUGCUCUCACCAAAGUAGAUUUAAGCACCGUGCCUUUAUAUCAAUAAUAUAACUCUGCAAGUAGUAGAUUUCUGCCGAUUUCUAAAGGAACAGUUCAUAGAUAGUAGAAGGUUAUUGCCAAGCGUAGUCUUUUAGUGGAUAUUUUUUUCUUAGAUUGUGCAAGGACUGGAAAAGUGUAUAAAUGUAUAUAAGAGAAUUUAUAUUGUAAUAUGUCAUGCACAUUAUUUCCUUUCCAAAGCGAACAGACUACCUACUUGUAGUUUGGCUAUUUAUUCACAUUUUGACUUAUUAUGACCGUCUGGUAUUCCAAAUCAAAUGUAUGAUUGUAGGACGAUAUGUAAGUUUUGUUGAUCAUUAAUUGUAUGAAGUAUACACGGAUAAAGUGUAUAGUCUUGUCUUUUCGAUGAUUAUUGUUGACAUUUGAGGCUUUCAGUGAUUUGCAAAUUAUAUUAGAUAUUAAGCUUAUUAGAUUUAUAUGAUUUAGUCACUAAAACCCUAUCCUGGAAAGAACAGUAUUACUCAGUGUGGUCAAAAUGUUGAACACACUGAAAUCAUCUUCACACUGAGCAUUUUAAUAGUGUGAAUCACAUAUUCACAUAGUCGAUUAUGUGGGCACACUGUAAACACAGUGUGAAUACACUGUGAACACACUGUGAACACAGUGAACACAUUGUCAACGCACUGUAAACACGCCGUGAACACACCAUCAACACAUUGUGAACACACUGGGUACUCAUUGUGAACACACCGUGAACAAUUAUUGUGAACACACUGUGCACAUACGGGACCCAAUGAGGACGCGUUAUCAACACAUAGUCAAUAUAGUGCGAACACACUGUGAACACAUUAUGAAUACACUGUGAAUAUGAUGUGAACACACCGUUACACUGUUUCUAGCCAGCUAGGAAUGACUCGUCUUGUUCUGAGAAGCUGCGUACGUCACAUUCCCUGACAAAAGCACACACAAAAAUAAGGAAAGAAUAUUAUUAUUGAUUGGUGCUGGAUUGCAGAUCUUAAUGAAGUCUACUUUACAGAAAAAAACAAAAAUACACAGGGAGAUUUGCUUUGCAAAAAUCACUACAAUAUACGCGAAGAUGAAGAAGAAAUACGUCAAGACAAGACUUGGAUUUAACUGCAAAAUGUUUAAGAGGGCCACACCCAACACUUUACACUUAACUUCGUGUUAUCAUACCUGCUUUGUUUGAACACUAUGUAGUGUAGUAUUCAAAGUCCAGGGUGUAUUUUUAACACCAGAAUGUGUGGUGCUCUCAGCACACCGACUGGUGGUGAGUUAACACCGUCGCUUUUGCAGUGUAAAUUGUGUGAUGUAGGAUUGGUACACUUCAAACGCGAUGGUGUGAAUUUAACACCAGCACGGUAUCCACAUAACAAAACACCAGAGAAGUGUUUAAUCAGUCCAAUACCGAAUUGGUGCUGCUUCAAGACUAAUUCGCUUGGGUUGUCCUAUGAAGAUACCGGGUUGGUGUUAAAUCAACACGGCGAUUAUACAUUUUAAUGAUUACUUUAAGCCGCAAUGUAUUACAUUUUCGUUCUAUAUAUUUAUGAUCGUUAUUUCAUGUUUGAAGUUUAUUUUGAUGGAUAUCUAUAUGUUCUCUCGCGUGUACAUGAUUAUCAAAACCUGAUGCACAGAAGUAUGUUGCAAUCAAGAUAACGAAAAAACACCAUAAUUAUAUUCAGUUAAUGUAUUGUGUUGUAUUUGUUUACGAUGUGAUUGUAAAGGCCUGUCUGCAAUAAAAUAUGACAAUGAAAACGAACA